CUAGAGCUCCCCUCCCGACAUCUGUCUUUCUACUACAUGUGAAGAACUUACUUCACCGCCUCCGAUGUCGUUAGCCCGGUGGGAGCUGCUCUUCCACCGGCCACCGAGGGAAAGCCAUACGUUUUUCUCCGGCGAUCGUAGGAGACCGAAGCUCCUCCGCCUGAUCUCCUUCCAUAAUCCCGCAAUCUCCGUUGGUAAUAUCAGGCAGCCGAGGGUUCCUAGUAUUCUCCCUGUCCUUAGGGCGGGAAUUUCCGAGAUCCCGUCCGCGGUUUCCGAUGCCGACGUUGUGUUCUUGGAAACGUUCCCGCUGAAGCGGACCAGGACGGUGAGCUUUUCUCGUCAGGUUGAAGGGAAAGUGUCUGUGAAGGUCGGUCGGGUGGAUGAAGAGGGUUCGAGGUUGCAAGUCAUCGUUUGCUGUAAUCUGGAAGGGAAAUGGAUCUUGCAUUGGGGAGUUACUUACUGCGAUGAUGUGAGCAGUUUGAAAAUUUGCAGUGAAUGGGAUCAACCCCCUCCUGAAAUGAGACCUCCUGGCUCUAUUGCUAUCAAGGGUUAUGCAGUAGAAACACCCAUGAAGAGAUCUUUAUUUGCAGCGGAAGGAAAGGUUCUACAUGAAUUUCAUGUCGAGUUUGAAAGUUGCAAAACAAUCGCUGCAAUAAAUUUUGUUUUGAAGGAGGAAGAAAAAGGAGCAUGGUUUCAGCAUAAGGGCAGUGACUUCAAAGUUCAACUAGUAAAUCAACUUCAACAAGGUGCACAUAUUGAACCUAAAAAGAAAAGCUUCAAUAUAUGGCCAGGGCCGUUUGAUCAGAUGUCUAACUUUCUGCUGAAACCUGAUGUUUCUCAUUCUAAAGACGAAGGGAGUAAUCCUGAUAUUUUAGAUCCUUUGCGGAACCGCAUACGUAUUUCAGAUUUUUAUGAAGAAUACGCUCUUAUUACGGAGGAGUUUGUCCUGAAUACUGUAACAGUUACUGUCAUAAGCAGUGAGGAAGAUAAAAACCUUGUUUAUUUUGAUACUGAUAUGCCAGGAGACGUUAUUAUUCACUGGGGGGUCUGCAGAAACGACAUAAAGAACUGGGAGAUACCCCCAGCCCCAUUUCCACCAUCAUCUAAAAUAUUUCGCCAAAAAGCUCUGCAGACUUUAUUAAAGCCAAAAGCAGAUGGCUCAGGCAGUUGUGGUUUUUUCUCUUUAGACAAGGAAAUUACAGGUGUGCUUUUUGUGCUCAACCUUAAUAAAUACACAUGGCUGAAUAAUCAAGGAACUGAUUUCUAUAUCCCUCUUGCAAGUGUUAAAAGUUUUUAUCAUCAAAGAAGGAAGGAUUUAACAGCUGUUGAAGAGCAAGUUUUGUCUAUAGAACAGGAAUUUAGAGAUGGCAAUCAACAGAUUGUUGAGACUCACCAAGAUUGCUAUCAAGCUUCAUAUACUGAUGACAUCAUUCUUGCUAUAAGAAAUCUGGUAACUGAUAUAACUUCUGAGAGAUGUAAAACGGAAAAGUGUAAAGAAGCACAAGAGAGCAUCCUUCGAGAAAUUGAGAAGUUGGCUGCACAAGCUUAUAGCAUCUUCAGAAGAUCUACUCCAGCUUUUAUUGAGGAAUCUGUCCCUGAAGCUGAACUGUCGAAGCCUUCCAAAAAAUCCUGUUCCGGAACUGGCUCUGGCUAUGAAAUUCUUUGUCAAGGAUUCAAUUGGGAAUCACACAAAUCUGGAAGAUGGUAUGGUGAACUGAUGCCAAAGGCUGAUGAAUUAGCUUCUCUUGGAUUUACUACUGUAUGGUUGCCUCCGCCAACUGAAUCUGUAUCUCCAGAAGGAUACAUGCCAAAGGAUUUAUACAACUUAAAUUCCAGAUAUGGCAGCAUGGAAGAGCUGAAAGACCUUGUCAAAAGAUUUCAUGAAGUUGGAAUUAAAGUCCUUGGUGAUGUCGUUCUAAAUCAUCGAUGUGCUCACUAUCAAAAUGCAAAUGGUAUAUGGAAUAUAUUUGGUGGUCGUUUGACCUGGGAUGAUAGGGCUAUUGUUGCUGAUGAUCCACAUUUCCAGGGAAGAGGAAAUAAGAGCAGUGGAGACAAUUUUCAUGCUGCGCCAAACAUUGAUCACUCUCAAGAAUUUGUUAGGAAGGAUCUGAAAGAUUGGCUUUGUUGGUUAAGAAAAGAAGUUGGCUUUGAUGGAUGGAGAUUAGACUUUGUUCGGGGUUUUUGGGGUGGUUAUGUCAAAGAUUAUCUGUUGGCAAGUGAACCUUAUUUUGCUGUAGGCGAGUACUGGGACUCUCUCAGCUAUGAGUAUGGUGAAAUGGAAUACAAUCAAGAUGCACACAGGCAGAGAAUCAUAGAUUGGAUAAAUGAUACAAAUGGGACAGCCGGGGCCUUUGAUGUGACUACAAAAGGAAUCCUUCACACUGCUUUGGAAAAAUGUGAGUAUUGGCGCCUCUCUGAUGAGAAAGGAAAACCACCUGGUGUACUUGGGUGGUGGCCAUCUCGUGCAGUGACAUUUAUAGAGAAUCAUGACACUGGUUCUACUCAGGGUCAUUGGAGAUUCCCAUCAGGCAAGGAAAUGCAAGGAUAUGCUUACAUCUUGACACAUCCUGGCACACCAGCAGUCUUCUAUGAUCAUAUUUUCUCUCAUUAUCAGCAAGAAAUCUCUAAACUAAUCUCUCUCAGACGCAGAUGCAAGAUCCACUGCAGGAGUAUGGUCAAGAUUACGAGAGCCAAGAGGGACGUGUAUGCAGCUGAAAUUGAUGAUAUAGUAGCAGUCCAAAUUGGACCAGGAAAUUAUGAACCAUCCAGUGGUACCAAGAAAUGGAUCUUGUUCGCUGAGGGAAAAGAUUACAGAGUUUGGGAAGCAUCAUAACUGUUGAUGUAUUGCCAGGUUAACUAUGUUGCUUGUCAUAAUAAUUUGUUGUGCUCAAUGUAUACGUCAAAAAGAAAAUCAUUUUAUUUUUAACCCUGAUAAAGUUAUUUUCAAUGGAAUCUUGAGCUUAUGCAGUAGCAUGGCAGUGAUUUUAA